CACGCGACCUGGUAGACGGGAGGGGGAAGGAGCUCGCUUAAAGGGAGGGCGGCUGUUAAAGGCGUUGAACCCGGAAGAAAGUGGAGGGUUUGGACUGUUCAUUUGAACACUUCUGACAACAUGGCGGAUGAAUUGAAAAGGUUCCUGUACAAAAAGCUCCCAAGUGUUGAGGGACUCCAUGCUAUUGUAGUGUCAGACAGAGAUGGUGUACCUGUUAUUAAAGUUGCCAACGAUAAUGCUCCAGAGCAUGCUCUUCGACCGGGUUUCUUGUCAACUUUUGCACUCGCAACAGACCAGGGCAGCAAGCUUGGGCUUUCAAAAAACAAAAGCAUCAUUUGUUACUACAACACAUAUCAGGUGGUUCAGUUCAACAGGUUGCCUUUGGUUGUGAGUUUCAUCGCUAGCAGCAAUGCCAACACAGGGCUGAUCGUAAGCUUGGAAAAAGAGCUUGCUCCCUUAUUUGAAGAGCUAUGGCAAGUAGUGGAAAUCUCUUAACCUGGCACUUUAUCUCCAGAGUGAAGCAUCUCUUGAGUUCUGGACAGGAGAGAUUGAUUUCUUUUUUCCAACCCACUGCCGUGUAACAAGUGUCUUGGAGCAAAUGCUACUUUCUCUUGUUUUAAAUAAUUGAAACAAGUUGCAUAUAGAGCAAAAUGUAGAAUACGAUGGGGAGAAGGGGGUUCGGGCUGCAGGUGCAUUUGUUAAAACUACAGGGUAUUGUGGAGACCAGCUGAUGACUCCCAUGGAGUUAACUUCAGGCAUGCAGAAUAUAUUUCAUAGGAAAAAAAUACUGUUCAGAAUUGGCCACCCCCAGCUCACUUGCUGUACGAGUAACGGGUGUGCCUGUCUUUGAACUACCACUAUAUGAACAGUGCAAAAAUACGUUUUCCCUUCCCAUUCUUGCAAUGAAGACUUCCUAAUAUUUGCUCACAUUGUGCAUCAAUGCUAGAAAAGCUUCCCCUCACAAUCAGUGACUCAUGGUUUGUUUGGAUAGAGAAAUACUAAUAGCCUGGAAGCUUUUUAAAAAAAACAGGUACAUGCUAGUUCUCUUCAAUACUGCUACAGCUGAGCUCUUACAGAGAUCGCAUCAAUCAGUGUUCUUUUUGCAUACGUAUUUGUAAAACAGAAGGAUGAAAUUUCUUGUUUUAUCCCGUUUCUAUUUAAGUUCAUGUAAUUAUGUUGCUUUGCUGCUUCAUCCUACCUUUUUGCAUGUCCCUAAACAGAUUGAAAUAAAAGUGUGAAUAAGA